AUGGCGUUGGUAGAAGAAGCAGGCGCCGGCGCCAGCGCUGAAGACCCCGAGGCUUUGCUCAACGAAUGGCUAGGCGAACUCACCGUGCUCACUGCGGGUCUAAACUCCUCAAAUGAACCAUCUUCGGCGUUACGGCCGCUGGAGAUUGUUGCUCCACGCAUUGAUACCUAUCGGUUCUCGAUGGCCAACCUCGAAGAAACACAGGAUGCAGACCUCGAUGCCAUUCUAGGGGAGCUCUGUGCUCUUGACUCUGAGUACGACGAAGAAAUAUCUAGAGUCUCAUCUGCUUUAUCAUCAGUAUCAAAAUCAAGAGCAGAUGUUGGCCACGAUGUUGCUCAAAAACAAGAGAAAGAGUGCAGCGAUGGGGCUUCUAGCAUCGUACGUACCGAUUCUCCAGACAACGAUUCAGCGUUUAGCGACACGGUUUCUAUGCUAUCCAGCGAAUCAUCGGCAUCAAGCAGUACCAGUACUAAGUGCAAAACUAUGAAGUUAAACCUUCAUCAAUCAACCCCAAAGGAUGCAAGUUUUCAACAAAAGGCCGACAAAAUAAAACUAGCCUUAGAACGUAUGCGUGAAGCAAACAUAAAGAAACUAUUUAUUAAAGCAUUCUCCAUGGAUGGAUCUUCUAAAAGUCUGCUGGUAGAUGAGAAGAUGACAUGCGGAUAUGUGGCAAGGCUUCUGGCUGACAAAAAUCACGUCAUAAUGGAACCAAAAUGGGCCGUAGUAGAGCAUUUACCAGAUCUCCACAUGGAACGCGUAUACGAAGACCAUGAGAUGUUAGUAGAUAAUUUGAUGCUAUGGACGAGGGAGUCAAAAAAUAAAAUAUUAUUCGCGGAACGGCCCGAUAAAAUAUCUCUGUUCCAAACACCUGAAAAGUUUCUCCUGACUGAAGACGACCGAGGUUGGUGCAGUGAACAUGAUGAACAUUCAAGACAGGUAAUCAUAGAGGAAUUCUUCGGCCAGAGCGGCGGAACAACUAGCACCAUUCCUUCUGUCUCUGGUCAUCCCGUGCCUCCGAUGGAAGGGCCGUUAUAUUUAAAAAAUGAUACGAAAAAAGGAUGGAAGAAAAUAUAUUGCGUCUUACGGCCCUCGGGACUGUACUACUCGCCCAAGGAUAAGGUGAAAACUUUGAAGGAACUGGUGUGCUUAGCGACGUUUGACACCAACGAGGUAUAUCUAGGAUUAAACUGGAAGAAGAAAUACAAGUCUCCUACAGACUAUUGCUUCGCUAUCAAACACCCAAGACUGCAACAACCAAAGAGUGUGAAGUUUAUUAAGUUUCUGUGCGCUGAAGACCAACGUUCUCUCGAAAGAUGGGUUACAGCAAUGCGUAUAGCCAAGCAUGGAAGACAAUUACUGGAGAAUCACCGGUCGCUGGUGGAAGAGUUGACUCAGGAGGAUUUGGAUCAUCUUGCUCACGCACGUUCCUGUUCGAUUACGUCGAUUCCAACUAAGACAAAUGGCAGUACAGUAGCGGGCAUUAGCAGCCCGGCGCAAUCCACCUCGAGUAACGCAAGUGUUGCCAACUCAGACAUAAGCAGUGGAAGACACUCCCGCGCAUCGUCAUCCAGUUCAAGCGGAUGUCUGUCGGAUGGCGGUACUGCAUCUGAAAGCGCUUUCGACUGCGAGUUUCCUAUGGGAACGAUAAAGCGGAAACCAUCAAUGAAACCCAAUAUCCCGUUAACGUGGAUGACGAGACAGCUAAAAGAAAUGGUUGAGAAAGGUGGAGAUUACGGCGUCGAAGACGAGGGUGGCGGUGAUUCUGGAACGCUGACCCGUCGACCGCGUUCCGCUAGGACUGAUGACUCAACGCUCAAACGACAUCAUACUAUUGAUACUUCAGAAACUGUGGCACACAGCAGCACAUCAAACACACGACUCAGUGCCACUGCGAGCCCAAUCCGUCAUGGUUCACCGUCUGCGUCUCCCACCCCUACUUACGGCCAUUACGAAAGCAUUACCAGAGACAGCUCGUUUCGUAACAGUGCUGAUAGCACCUCUGUGCUUUACGGUUACACAACAAUCUAUGAUAAAGUGCAACGACCUUUGAACAUCUCUUCCGUGGAAGACUUGCCUCCACCACCACCACCUCACGAGGAUAUUCCUGAUGGUAUGUUCAGUUCUACACUUAGCCUAGAUUCUCUACCGCCUCCUCCACCUCCUCCUCUCGAACCAAUUGAGGAUCUCAGCGGUUCUCAACUUAGCCUGCCGCCUCCGCCUCCGGAACACACCAUAGACGCCCAUAGUGGUGGAACGCGAGUGCACGAAAUAGUAAAUCAACUCACGGCACAGCAAAUAGAACAAGCGGCACGAGUUGGGCAGGUAAGGGUCAGCGCACGACCUGCUGAACCGAGCCGCACAUUCCCGCGGCAACCAUCUUUAGAUAGUGUCACUUCGGAAGUGUCAAGAACGUCGUCUCUGCAUUCCGACAAAAGCAUUUAUGGUCAACAGAAUGUAGCAUACGGCGCUUGCCUUGCUGAACUACAAAAUAAGAAAAUAAGUAACGGGAGCCCCUCUCUUCAAAAAAAAUUAUGCAAUGAACCUGGUAAAGAACGAUCCGGCUCUAUUAAGAAAGUUAAUUUUGCCGAUGACCUACCCACGUGUUCCGACACCAAAAAGAACAAAAAAAUAUCUUUUAAUUUGAAGGAACCACCUCCAUCCUCACCACGGAAACCACCACCGCCGAAACGUAAUGAAAGCACAAAAUUGUCUUCGCCAAAGAAAUUAGCUGAUUCCAAUAGUAAUCCUCCAAAGGAGUUUCUAAGAGAUUUACAAAGGGUAAUGCGAAAGAAAUGGCAAGUCGCUCAAAAAUGUAAAUUAGAACCUGCUACAACUCCGCACGAAGUACUUGGUUUUAGAGAAUACCCAUUAUCAGAAGACUACAAAGAGACGAGUGUAUCAAUGUGGGUGCAAGAACACUACGGUGGUGGAGUGGAAGAUCCUUUCUAUGAGAAUGUUUUUGGUAGGGAGCCUCAGCCCCGUCGCGAGGAGCCGAAGCCCAUAAAGAAGCGUCCCCCACCUGCUCCACCACGUCGCAGUGAGUCCACCCAUUUGUCAACACAUCCUCACCCUUCGGCGGCACAGCCCACUGUCUAA